UUUUAUAUUUUAGAAAUUCAACUCAUCAAGACAAUCUUAAAAAUGGCAGCUAACAUAGCCAAACUUACAAACCACGUUCCACAUAAAUUACAUUUAGUAACGUUAGUUGGCAGUGGCAUGAGGCGUCCUUAUUGGGAAAAAAGAUGCUUAAAAGAUCUUGGUUUAAUUAAAAGGUAUACUAAGAUUGUUGUGAAAAAUACACCUCAAAUAAAUGAAAGAUUGCAGAUGAUAAAAAAACUUAUAACUGUUCAGCCUAUUAUUAUUCAAAAUGAGCAAUUAAGCAAUCCAGAAUUAUCUCAUCUAAAAGAUAGUCUAAUUCAAGAGAAUAAAAGCAUUGGUGAUUGGAAUAAAAUAAGCGGAAUUUUUUUAAAUGAGCAAGGAGUUUUUGACAAGAGUAAAUAUGAGAAAUAUUUAGAACAGUUUCCAGAAGAUGAGUUAAAGAAGGUAUUGAGUAAAUCUCAUAUUCUUCAUUCUGAGCUAUUAAAUAGGGAUUUUGAUAUGGAAGAAGAAGCUAAAAUACAACAUAAAGGAGAUAAAAUAGAACUUUUCUUCAAAAAACAAACUGCAAAAAUGAAAUUUCGUUUAGCUCAUAGAAAGAUAAAUUUUACUAAAUAUUAAUAUUUUUCUUUUGAAAUUUGUAUACAGUUUAGCAAUAAAACCUUUAUUGCUAAUUUAGCUGUUUAUUAUUGAAAAAACAAGUUUUUAUGAUA